AUGGCGGAGAUCUUCGGGACCGUUGCUGGCUCUCUAAGCCUUGCUGCGCUUCUGUCCAACUGCGUUGACUGCUUCGAAUACAUCCAACUAGGCCGUCAUUUUGGUCAUGAUUUCGAACGAUGCCAGCUUAGGCUGGAUGUCGCCAGAGUUCGUCUGAGCCGGUGGGGUGAGGCCACUGACAUGACCACUAAUUCCCGAUCUGCCACGCAGACCACAGGCGAGAGGAGCACUGAAAUGGCAAAGAUGAUCCUUGAAGAGAUCGUUCGCCUCUUUCAGUCUGCAUAUAGGACAUCCAAGCGAUAUGAGAUCAAUGCGAAUCAGCAAGACCUGAUUCCCUUCCGCGACGAGGAUUUGGGCCCUAUUGCAAGGACACUCCAUAGUCGCUUUACAGACCUCGCUUCUCGUAGACAAGAGCGCACAAGCAUAAUCAAGAAGACAGUCUGGGUGCUACACGACGGAAAGACCCUCGAGCGAUUUAUCAGUCAAAUCACAGAUUUGAUCGAUGAUUUGUAUGAACUCUUUCCGAUAAUUGAUAUUUCUACAAGAUUGGCUGAGAUUGAGGUUGGAGAGAUUAACGAUGGGCCGACCUUGGAAGCUCUGCUGGAUGCAGCCGAGGGCAUUGAUCCAUCUUUGUCAGAUGCAGCUUCGAGGAAAAUGGACACCAUUGCCGGACGAAACUCUGCCCAAGAGGUUCGUAUGGAAGGAAGUUCAAGAUUUCAAUUAGGCAAUCAGUAUAGCGACAAAUAUCAGGCUGGCAAGGUAGAAAUUCGGGAGCGAACGAUCAACAGCGCUGGCACAGUCAUGGGCAGGGGAGAGGCCAGAAUCCAGAUCGGAAAUAGGUUCGGAGGUCGUGGAGUCCUAGAUGACUGA